UGAGAGUCCAAAGCGAGUCAGUGAGUCGAGCCUGAGCCGCUCUGUUGUCCGUCAGAGGGAGUCGAGUGCUUCUGUCUAGCGCGUCUGUUUGGACCGGAACCCUCAAGUUUGUGUCGCGAGCUGCCUGAGUUUCUGUUCCUUCAUCCUCCUUCAACACUGAGUUGAUGCUUCACUUCUGCGCGGCGCGCGCCGGACUCUCUGGAUUAUAUUCGAGACCGCAAACAAACAUCAGCACAGAUAAACACGUCUGAGAUCACGCGCGGCAAAGACAAAAUGUUGUGGAAAUUAGCAGAUAACGUGAAGUAUGAAGAUGACUGCGAGCAGGAAAGACAUGAUGUUAGCAGCAACGGAAACCCCCGUUUACCUCACAUUCCCACGGUGAGCCAGCACCUCUACAGCCCACCACCGUCCCUCUCGCACACCGCCAGCUCGGACUUCCAGCCGCCGUACUUCCCUCCCCCUUACCAGCAUCUGCCGUACACCCAACCUAACGACCCGUACUCUCACCUGGGCGACCCGUUUAGUAUCAACUCAAUACACCAGUCUACAGCACCUAAUCAGCAACAGUCAUGGCCCGGACGGCAAGGUCAAGAGGCCAUCGGGUCUCACGGCCGCAGCGGACUCGCCAGCCCCAUUCUGGGCCUGGAAGGGGGCUCGUCCGGGAUGCGGCGGGAUGGUUUUAGGAGACCGGAGCUGCUGCCUCCACACAUGCAUGGAAUCGAUUCCAUAGGUGAUAACAUCAGUUUGCAUGAUAUAGGCCACGGAUUGGAUGAUGUUCAGCAAGAAGGUGAUCACAGUAUUGUAAUUCCUGAUCAUACAGUCAUCAAAAAAGGUCCGAUGUCCCUGGCGAAGGGAAGCCCAUUUGGGAUUCCCUUUCAGAAAGAGUCUCUGCUGGGAAUGGUAUCAAAUCCCACUGAGGUCUUCUGUUCAGUACCUGGUCGACUCUCUCUUCUUAGCUCCACUUCCAAGUACAAAGUAACUGUUGCAGAAGUUCAGAGACGCUUGUCCCCACCGUGUCUAAACGCUUCCCUGCUUGGAGGAGUAUUACGCAGGGCAAAGUCAAAGAACGGAGGCCGAUCCUUGAGGGAAAAACUGGAUAAAAUUGGACUGAACUUGCCGGCGGGUCGCAGAAAGGCCGCCAACGUCACCUUACUAACUGCUCUGGUGGAAGGUGAGGCCGUACACCUGGCGAGAGAUUUUGGGUACGUCUGUGAGACAGAGUUUCCCGCCAAGGCCAUCGCAGAGUACCUCGGCCGACCGCAUGUGGAACGCAAUGAGAUCAACUCUCGCAAAACCAUGCUCUUGGCAGCCAAGCAAAUCUGUAAGGAGUUCACCGACUUGCUGACUCAAGACAGAUCUCCUCUGGGAAACUCUAGGCCGGCUCCCAUUCUCGAGCCAGGGAUUCAAAGCUGCCUGACUCACUUCAGCCUCAUCACCCACGGCUUCGGCUCUCCGGCCAUCUGUGCGGCCAUGACCUCGCUGCAAAACUACCUCAACGAGGCGCUCAAGCAGGUGGACAAAAUGUACGUGAGUUCGACCGGAGACUCCUCGCAGGUCUCUUCCGACGGCUCCAACAAAGUAGACAAGAUGGACAAACACAGAAAGUGAGGCUGAGGUUAAACACGAUCGGACCAUUUGAACGCAACAACCAUUUUUGUAGCGGAAUGACUUUUCCAGACCUGACUCUUCGUCAUCGUCGUCGUAGUUGUCGAUUCUGUUUCCGUUCUGCUUUGUUUUCUCACAUGAAGAGUAAGCUUAAACUCGAAGCCCUCUUGGUUCACAUCUUGGUUUUCCAGCACUUUCUCCUCCACAAACACAUUUCAAAGUUUAGCCUUAGUCGAGACAGUUUUUUUUAUCAAGCGACGACUCAGCCAGUCAUCAGGAAGUUGUCUCUCAGAGGGGAACUGCAAAGAGGAAGUUGUUGAGUUUCCCAAAGAUACCAUUUCAAGAGUUGACGUGGAUUUUAACUGUUUUCUUUCGCUACCAAUCUGGGAGGAGGAAGUUUGGUUUCUCCGUGUCCUCCUCCUUGGUGCUGACCUCCCAAUGGACCAAGGAUGUGAUUAUGUUUCAGACAUUAUAACUUGUUCUAUGCUUGACUUCAUUGGACGCAGUGUUAUUAUUCUUCUCUUUGUGGGAGUGUUGUUGGCAUGAGUGACUGUUUUGUGUGCAUGGGUGUACAUGAUUUCCAAACAACCCUUUAUCCACUGAUCAGUGGAUUCUUCUAUACGAGAAAUGCUCAAGAUGUAUUUGGCUUAAUUUUUCACUGAGAACAAUUAAAGAGACCUUUGAUUAAGUUACCAUGAUCAAAUCAAAUAACAUGCGGGCGGGUGUGUGUGCAUGUUCGGUUUCGUUUGAGCGUACAACCUUGUUGUUCAUCUUUUUGAUGCCUUUACAUCAGACUAGAAGUGAAAUGAUCCAUUUGUCUUUCCCCAAAUGUAAAUAUUUUCUAAUUUAUGUUGUAAUUUAAUGGGAUUUGUAAAUAUUGGUACAAUUAUGGUGUUUGGUUCCACUUUUUAAAAAAAGAUGUGUUAAGCUUUUAUAAAGGGGUUUGUUAUUUUAUCAUAUAGUGGUUAGGCUACGGGAUCGAUAUUCUUUAUAGAAAUGUGUAAUAUUGGUUUAAAGCUGUAGGAAUAAACUCAACACUCUUGAUUUGCGUCUGCCAAGACUCCCCGUUUAUGACGUUGAGUUGUACACUUCAAUACACGCGUGCCCUGCCAGUGAGGCAUGUUGAACAUGGCCAAUUCAUGUGUAUAAAGAUUCCUUUUUAAAAUAAAUGUCAGAAAAAAGAAAAAA